AUGGUGGGUUCUGAAGAUGAUGAGUAUAAGUUUGACAUCUUGGGAUGGUGGUCGCGAAAUUGGAUAAGAUCUUCUGACUCUGAGUUGGUGGCUGAUGGAGAAGAUGAGGGUGAUGAAGUUGUAUUUCAGAAUGUAUUUGUAGCUUUUCAAACUCGAAGUGCAAGUGCACCUGCAGAACCUAGUGGAAGCUCACAUUCUCCCCAUGUUCUGAUCUCGAGUCCUACUGGGUCACAAGUCGAAGAAGAUUAUUUUGAUGAGGAUUUUGAUGGGAAUGAUGAGACUGGUGUGGAUGUAGAGUCUGAUGAGGUGGAGUGA